UGAGCGCACUACUGCUUCCCAGCGGCUCCCGUUCUCCCCCCCAGCCCCGCCGGGAGACCCCCUCAGACCGGCGGCCAUGGCCGAGCGCCGCGCCUUCGCCCAGAAGAUCAGCAGGACCGUGGCUGCCGAAGUGCGAAAACAAAUCUCCAGUCAAUAUGGAUCUCCGCAGCUCCACAAAAACCUCAGUGUUGGUGGCGGAGGGUCGCACCACGCCUCGGUUCCUCUCACUGAAGUGGUGGAUCCAGUGGAUUUCGAGGAUUACCUCGUCUCGCACCCACUUGCUGUAGAGUCUGGUCCGUUGAGGGAUCUGUGCGAAUUUCCCCAAGAUGAUGUAGAAGUUCAGUACACGCCAAGGGAAUGUCGCACUGUGAUGUCAUCAGUGCCGGAAGACAGUGAAAUGGAACCUCAUGUCAGGGAUUGCAUAAAAAGUUACACAGAAGAUUGGGCCAUUGUGAACAGAAAGUAUCACAAGUUGGGAACUGGUUUCAACCCCAACACACUGGACAAACAGAAGGAAAGGCAGAAAGGUUUGCCUAAGCAAGUGUUCGAGUCGGACGAGGCCCCGGAGACGAGCAGUUACCAGGAUGAGCAGGAUGAUCUCAAACGACGCUCUAUGUCCAUCGAUGACACGCCGCGAGGAAGCUGGGCAUGCAGCAUCUUCGACCUCAAAAACUCGUUGCCCGAUGCUCUACUUCCUAACCUACUCGAUCGCACGCCAAAUGAAGAGAUAGACCACCAAAACGAGGACCAAAGGAAAUCAAACCGGCACAAGGAACUCUUUGCACUGCACCCAGCCCAAGACGAGGAUGAUCCGAUCGAGCGGCUUUCUGUUCCCGAUGUGCCAAAAGAACAUUUUGGGCAAAGAUUAUUGGUGAAAUGCUUAACACUCAAAUUUGAAAUAGAAAUCGAGCCAAUUUUUGCGAGUCUGGCUUUAUAUGAUGUCAAAGAAAAGAAAAAGAUCUCAGAAAACUUUUACUUUGACCUGAACUCGGAGCAAAUCAAAGGGAUGCUGCGUCCUCACAUUCCACCCGCGGCCAUCAGCACCCUGGCCAGAUCCGCCAUCUUUUCCAUCACGUAUCCAUCCCAAGAUGUCUUUCUAGUGAUAAAGCUGGAAAAGGUUCUGCAGCAGGGAGACAUUGGAGAAUGCGCAGAGCCCUACAUGAUACUGAAGGAGGCCGACACGGCUAAGAACAAAGAAAAGCUUGAGAAGUUGAGACUCCAGGGGGAACAAUUCUGCCAGAGGCUGGGGAAAUACCGAAUGCCGUUCGCGUGGACAGCCAUCCAUCUCAUGAACAUCGUGAGCAGCGCCGGGAGUCUGGAGCGGGAUUCCGCCGAAGUCGAAAUCGGACCUGGAGAACGCAAGGGCUCCUGGUCGGAGCGGAGGAACUCCAGCAUCGUGGGAAGGCGCUCGUUAGAACGCACCACCAGCGGCGAUGAAGCCUGCAACCUGACCAGUUUUCGACCGGCGACGUUGACCGUGACAAACUUCUUCAAGCAGGAAGGAGAUCGGUUAAGCGAUGAAGACCUCUUUAAAUUCCUGGCAGAUAUGAGGAGACCAUCUUCUGUUUUAAGGAGACUUAGACCCAUAACUGCCCAGCUGAAGAUAGACAUCUCCCCUGCGCCAGAGAACCCCAGCUACUGCCUGACCCCGGAACUGUUACAAGUCAAGCCGUUCCCGGACAGCAGAGUGCGGCCCACAAGAGAGAUCCUGGAGUUUCCAGCCCGAGACGUCUACGUCCCUAACACCGUUUACAGAAACCUUCUCUAUGUCUAUCCGCAAAGCCUUAACUUCGCCAAUCGCCAAGGAUCAGCGAGGAAUAUUACCGUGAAGGUCCAGUUCAUGAGUGGAGAAGACCCCAGUAGCGCGUUGCCGGUGAUCUUUGGCAAAUCUAGCUGUCCCGAAUUUUCCAAAGACGCGUACACCGCUGUUGUUUACCAUAAUAGGUCUCCGGAUUUCCAUGAAGAAAUCAAGAUCAAGCUUCCGGCCACGCUGACCGAUCACCACCACUUACUUUUUACCUUCUACCACGUCAGCUGCCAGCAGAAGCAGAAUACGCCUCUCGAGACCCCCGUGGGCUACACCUGGAUACCGAUGCUUCAGAACGGCCGCUUGAAGACUGGACAGUUCUGCCUCCCCGUGUCUUUGGAGAAACCUCCGCAGGCCUAUUCCGUGCUCUCCCCAGAGGUUCCUCUCCCCGGAAUGAAGUGGGUGGAUAAUCACAAGGGAGUUUUCAAUGUAGAAGUUGUCUCCGCAUCCACAGUUCACACUCAAGAUUCUUCUCUGGACAAAUUCUUCGCUCUGGUUCACGCCCUGGAUGAGCACACGUUCCCGGUUCGGAUCGGAGACGUGAGAAUCAUGGAGAACAACCUAGAAAGCGAGCUGAAGAGCAGUAUUUCGGCCCUGAAUUCUGCGCAGCUGGAGCCGGUCGUGCGCUUUCUCCACCUCCUCUUUGACAAGUUGAUCCUCUUGGUUGUGAGACCUCCUGUCAUCGCCGGCCAAAUCGUUAACUUAGGUCAAGCGUCGUUUGAGGCCAUGGCUUCCAUCACGAACAGACUGCACAAGAACUUGGAAGGAAGUCACGAUCAACACGGCAGAAACAACCUGCUCGGCUCCUACAUUCAUUACGUCUUCCGGCUCCCGAACACCGAUCCCAAUUCUCCGUCACCGGGCCCCGGUGGUCUGGGAGGAUCCAUGCAUUAUGCCACGAUGGCCAGGACGGCAAACAGACCCGCAAGCCUCAACUUAAAUCGCUCCAGGAGCCUCAGUAACAGCAACCCGGAUAUAUCCGGGACCCCCACGUCACCAGACGAUGAAGUGAGGUCAAUAAUCGGCAGUAAGGGCUUGGACCGUUCCAACUCCUGGGUUAACCCCGGAGGCGCCGCGGCAUCCCAGUGGGGGUCUAACCCCAGUCCCAGCGCUGACACGGUGCAGGGCAUGGAUCGUUGUAACCGCAUGUCAUCGCACACAGAGACCUCGAGUUUCUUACAAACAUUAACUGGACGGUUACCAACCAAAAAGCUCUUCCACGAGGAGUUGGCUUUGCAGUGGGUCGUCUGCAGUGGAACCGUACGGGAAGCCACCUUACAUCAAGCUUGGUUCUUCUUUGAGCUCAUGGUUAAAAGUAUGGUACAUCAUUUAUACUUUACGGACAAACUUGACUCCCCGCGGAAGCAUCGAUUCCCGGAACGAUUCAUGGAUGACAUCACCGCAUUAGUCAGCACAAUGGCAAAUGAUAUCAUUACUAGAUUCCAGAAGGACACCGAGAUGGUUGAAAGGCUCAACGUGAGUCUUGCUUUUUUUCUCAACAACCUUCUCUCCAUCAUGGACAGAGGCUUCGUCUUCAGUUUAGUCAAGGCCUACUUCAAGCAGGUUUCAUCUAAAUUAUACACAUGUCCGAGCCCAAGCAUCCUCGUGUCCAUGCGGCUGGAUUUCCUGAGGAUCAUCUGCAGCCACGAGCACUACGUCACCCUCAACCUGCCGUGCAGUCUGCUCACGCCUCCCUCGUCUCCCUCGCCGUCCGUGUCCUCCGCCACUUCCCAGAGCUCUGGAUUCUCUACAAAUGUCCAGGACCAAAAGAUCGCGAAUAUGUUUGAGCUGUCGGUGCCGUUCCGACAGCAGCACUACUUGGCAGGACUUGUAUUAACCGAGCUGGCCGUCAUCUUAGACCCAGAGGCCGAGGGCUUGUUUGGAUUGCAUAAGAAGGUCAUCAAUAUGGUACAUAACUUGCUAUCUACCCACGACUCUGAUCCCCGGUACGCUGAUCCAGAGGUAAAGGCCCGCGUGGCUAUGCUGUACCUCCCUCUGAUUGGCAUUGUCAUGGAAACCGUGCCCCAACUGUACGAUUUCACAGAAAGCCUUAACCAGCGAGGAAGGUCCAACUGCUCCUCAGGGGAGGAUCAUGAGAACGAAGGUGGAAGUAUGAUUAGUCAGACAGUCGCCAUGGCAAUCGCGGGAACCUCUGUCCCACAGCUCACACGACCGAGCAGCUUUUUACUCACCACAAACUCCGCGAGGCAGCACGCGACCUUCUCAGCCGAGUCCAGUCGAAGCCUUUUGAUUUGCUUGCUGUGGGUCUUGAAGAACGCCGAUGAGACCGUCCUGCAGAAAUGGUUCACCGACCUCUCCAUCCUGCAGCUCAAUCGGCUCCUUGACCUGCUUUACCUCUGUGUUUCGUGCUUCGAGUACAAGGGCAAGAAGGCUUUUGAGCGCAUGAACAGCUUGACGUUUAAGAAAUCAAAAGACAUGAGAGCCAAGCUGGAGGAAGCCAUCCUCGGGAGCAUCGGAGCCCGGCAGGAGAUGGUCCGGAGAAGCAGAGGCCAGCUUGAGAGGAGUCCUUCCGGAAGUGCGUUUGGUAGUCAAGAAAACCUCCGCUGGAGAAAGGAGAUGACGCACUGGCGACAGAACACCGAUAAACUGGAAAAAUCCAGGGCAGAAUUGGACCACGAAGCUCUUAUAGAUGGGAACCUGGCUACGGAAGCCAAUUUGAUCAUCCUGGACACCCUGGAGAUCGUAGUUCAGACGGUUUCCAUGACCGAGUCCAAGGAGAGCAUCUUGGGAGGGGUGCUGAAGACCCUCUUACACAGCAUGGCGUGCAAUCAGAGCGCCCUCUAUCUGCAGCACUGCUUUGCCACGCAGAGAGCCCUCGUCUCGAAGUUCCCCGAGCUCUUGUUUGAGGAGGAGACGGAGCAGUGUGCCGAUCUUUGCCUCCGGUUGCUCCGGCACUGCAGCAGCAGCAUCGGCACCAUCCGCUCUCACGCCAGCGCCUCGCUCUACCUGCUCAUGCGUCAGAACUUUGAGAUCGGAAACAACUUCGCCCGGGUUAAAAUGCAGGUGACCAUGUCCCUGUCCUCACUCGUCGGAACAUCUCAGAAUUUCAACGAAGAGUUUUUAAGACGGUCGCUCAAGACUAUUUUAACGUACGCCGAGGAGGAUCUGGAGCUCCGGGAAACCACGUUUCCAGACCAGGUUCAAGAUCUGGUUUUCAAUCUUCACAUGAUCCUCUCCGAUACGGUUAAAAUGAAGGAGCAUCAGGAGGAUCCAGAGAUGCUGAUUGACCUGAUGUACAGAAUUGCUAAAGGAUAUCAGACCUCGCCUGACCUGCGCUUAACUUGGCUCCAAAACAUGGCAGGAAAACACUCUGAGCGGAGCAACCACGCGGAGUCUGCGCAGUGCCUCGUUCACUCCGCCGCUCUGGUCGCUGAAUAUCUGAGCAUGUUGGAAGAUCGCAAGUACCUCCCCGUGGGGUGCGUGACCUUCCAGAACAUUUCCUCCAAUGUCUUGGAAGAGUCCGCCGUGUCGGACGACGUGGUGUCGCCGGAUGAAGAGGGAAUCUGCUCCGGCAAGUAUUUCACCGAGGCCGGUCUGGUGGGGCUUCUGGAGCAAGCAGCGGCUUCGUUCUCAAUGGCUGGCAUGUACGAAGCUGUGAACGAAGUCUAUAAAGUACUUAUUCCGAUACACGAAGCCAACAGAGACGCCAAGAAGCUGUGUACUAUUCACGGGAAACUCCAAGAGGCUUUCAGCAAGAUCGUCCAUCAGAGUACCGGCUGGGAGCGGAUGUUUGGGACGUAUUUCCGAGUCGGUUUUUAUGGGACCAAAUUUGGAGAUUUAGAUGAACAAGAAUUUGUGUACAAAGAACCAGCAAUCACAAAACUGGCGGAAAUUUCUCAUAGAUUGGAGGGUUUUUACGGAGAGAGGUUUGGAGAAGAUGUCGUAGAGGUGAUCAAAGAUUCAAAUCCGGUGGAUAAAUGUAAAUUAGAUCCCAACAAGGCCUUUAUCCAGAUAACCUACGUGGAGCCGUACUUCGACACGUACGAAAUGAAGGACAGGAUCACGUAUUUCGAUAAAAACUAUAACUUGCGCCGUUUCAUGUACUGCACGCCCUUCACCUUAGAUGGUAGAGCCCAUGGGGAGCUCCACGAGCAGUUCAAGCGAAAAACCAUCCUGACCACAUCCCAUGCCUUCCCGUAUAUAAAGACCAGGAUCAACGUCAUCCACAAGGAGGAGAUCAUUCUGACCCCGAUAGAAGUUGCGAUAGAAGACAUGCAGAAGAAGACUCAGGAGUUGGCCUUUGCGACGCACCAAGAUCCGGCCGACCACAAAAUGUUGCAGAUGGUCCUUCAAGGUUCGGUGGGAACCACCGUGAACCAGGGCCCUCUAGAGGUUGCUCAAGUGUUUUUGUCCGAAAUUCCCAACGACCCGAAGCUCUUCCGACAUCACAAUAAACUGAGACUCUGUUUCAAAGACUUCACAAAAAGGUGCGAAGACUCCCUGCGCAAGAACAAGAGCCUGAUUGGUCCGGAUCAGAAAGAAUAUCAGAGGGAAUUGGAGAGAAAUUACCACCGACUGAAAGAAGCUCUGCAGCCCCUCAUCAACAGAAAGAUCCCACAGUUAUACAAGACGGUCAUUCCUGUCACCUGUCACAGAGAUUCUUUCAGUAGAAUGAGCCUCCGGAAAAUUGACCUGUGAAGCACUUUGGAUCCAAUUCGUAAUUAUUACUGAUGGGAACAAGGAGAAAAAGCGGCACGGCUUUUACCGAAUCAAAUUCUGCACAAGUCCUGGAGGAAAUGGCUCUGCCAACAUCAAACUGGUACUAGGGUCGGCUACAUUUUGUGUUAGUACGUACUGAUCGGAUAAUUUCCUAGGUACAAAAACUUGUUUUUAACCACUAUUUAUAGCACAUGCAAAAUUAGCCUGUAUUUAGUUAGUAUUUAAUUUAUAGUCAAAACAUUGUCAUUUUUUUUUUAAAAAGGUACUAUCCAAAACGUGCAUUCUUGUUUUUGUCUCAAAGGAAAAAGAAACAGAAUGUUUUUGUGGAUGGAAUUAAUUUUAUAGCGAUACAAAACACUACAUGAAACAUCUAUUUUAAGAUUCUGGCCACUUCAAAACUUUGGACACUUAAUUAUAAAAAAUAAAUAAAAAAAUCUAAAAUUGAGGGAUAUUGCGGCCCGGCAACUGUUUAAAGUAUUUUUUUUUAAUCUUUUAACCCCUCUCGUUUUGAAAGGGAUAAUAAUCAUUUGAUUUUAAUGUUUCUCAUCUCUUAGAAAGCCGCGGUUUGGUAAUUCCAUGGAGUAAUCAUGUAGAUUUAGAAUGAUAUAAAAGGUACUUGCUUUUAGGUUUUACAGAUACUGUGUUGCUGUCACGGAAAGAGAAAAUCAAAUAAGAAUUUAUAGCCAAACGGAUGUUGCGCCAAUUUGCACUCUAAAUUUUUUUU